AUGAGGUCCAAGUUUGUUGCUGCGGUGAUCUUGACGGCGGUCGUCGUCAUGGCCUUAGUGGCCACGUCCUGCUCCGCGCGGCCGCUGGUGACGGGCGCCGACGCCGCCGGCUUGGGAUUGGGACUGGGAGAUGCCGCCGUCGUCUCCGGCAAGCAGAUCCUGCAGCUUCUCGGGCGGCUUUAUCUGCAGCAACUGGAAGCGGAGCCGUCGUGUCAGACCAACAGCUCCAACGGUGGAUGCCCACCACCGUCAUCAGGCUAG